AAGUUUACGAAAUUAGAAAAAGGGUAUAAAUAGAAAAGUUGACGAAAUAAAGAGAGAAUUGAAUUAAAAGGGUGUAAGUAAAUAGUGCCAAAAGAAAGAGCAAGACCAUUGUCUUAACUCCAGCCAUUUUCAGCAAGUCUCUCUCUCUACACAUGCAAUUACCCUGCAUUAUUACAUACAGAGAGAGAAAAUAAUUCACUUGGAAACCCCAAAAACAAACCAAAAAAAAAUAAAAAAAAUAAAAUUAGAAGCAUGGAUCUAACAAUCUUCUUGGUGAUUUUCUUGAUCCCAUCAUCAUCUUCCUUGUCGUUCAACUUUUCGAGCAUCGGCCAUUCGACCAGCCACUCCAUAACAAUCUUGGGCAGCGGCUACAUCUCGGAGAAAGGCAUUCAAGUUACAACCGACGAGCGCGGCGAGAGAUUAGCACAACUAGUCGGCCGAGCAACGUACAUUGACCCACUCCACCUAUGGGACCGAGCCUCAAGAAAAAUAGCCGAUUUCUCCACUAGUUUCUCCUUCGUGAUAGACUCGAGAGGCAGCUUAGAUCUCGGAGAUGGCCUGACAUUUUUCUUGGCUCCCAUUGGCUCCACCAUCCAACCAUGGUCAUUCGGUGGCAACCUGGCUCUCGGAAACGGCGGCGUGCCCGUGAAUUCGACCUCGCAGGCGUUUGUGGCGGUGGAGUUCGAUACGUACCAGAACUUGUACGAUCCUCCUCAGCAGACGCACGUUGGUAUUGAUAUCAAUUCCAUGAAAUCGGUCGUGACUACAAAAUGGGAGAAUAAUGUUACUCUGGGGUUGCAAAAUGAUGCGUGGGUCAGUUACAACGGUAGCUCGAUGGAGCUGAGGGUUGAAUUUACGGGUAAAUCGAGAAACGGGACCCAACGAGGUAACCUCAGUUACAUGGUUGAUUUCAGGGAUUACUUGCCUGAAAAUGUUACCGUCGGCUUCUCAGCUGCCACAGGGGAUUUGUUCGAGACGCAUACCGUCAAGUCGUGGGAGUUCUAUUCUUCCUCUUUGGAACUAGCACCACCACCGCCACCGCCGCUGCCACCUCGUAUUGUUAGUUCAAGUUUGCCGCCACAACCUAAUGCCGGAGGAGGCGGAGGAGGAGUAGGACUAGUCGUUGGAUUGAGUGUUGGCCUGGCAAUAGUAAUUGUUUCAUUGGUUUUUGCAAGCUAUUUCUUGUGGUGGAGGAAGAAGAAGAACAACAAGAAGGAAAUGGGAGAUGAUCGGGCUGGUUCGUUUCAUCCACACAUGGAUAUCGAGUUUCAGAAGGGCUGUGGGCCUAAGAAGUUUUCGUACCGUGAAUUGGUUCGUGCAACCAACAACUUCGCAAAGGAGGAGAAGCUCGGAGAAGGUGGAUUCGGUGGCGUUUACAGAGGCUUCUUAGCCGAAACAAAUUCCUAUAUUGCAGUAAAAAGGGUGUCGAGUGGAUCCAAACAAGGCCUAAAAGAAUACGCAUCAGAAGUCAAGAUCAUCAGCCAGUUGAGGCACAGAAACUUAGUCCAGCUCCACGGCUGGUGUCACGAAAGAGGCGAGCUCCUCCUCGUUUACGAGUACUUGCCAAACGGGAGCUUAGAUUCCCAUCUCUUCAAAGGCCAAACAAUCUUGCCAUGGGAAGUGAGGUACAGAAUCGCGCAGGGGGUAGCCUCGGCUUUGCUGUACCUGCACGAAGAAUGGGAACGGGCCGUGGUCCACAGGGAUAUAAAAGCCAGCAAUAUCAUGCUCGACUCCAACUUCAACGCUAAACUCGGUGAUUUCGGCUUAGCAAGGCUAGUGGACCACGAAAAGGGUUCCCAAACGACGGUUCUCGCGGGUACGUUCGGGUACAUGGCCCCCGAAUGUGUGGUCACGGGCCGGGCCAGCAAAGAAACCGAUAUCUACAGCUUAGGGAUCGUGUUUUUGGAAAUUGCGUGCGGAAAAAGACCUAUUGGCCGAAGCAAAGAUCAAGAAAAACAAAUGGUGCUAGUGGAGUGGGUUUGGAGCCUAUACAGAUCCGGGAGGUUGAUUGAAGCGGCUGAUCCGGAACUAGCGGAAAGUGGGUAUGACGAACGAGAGGUGGAGCAGGUGAUGGCUGUGGGGAUGUGGUGCGCUCGUCCAGAAAGCGACCAACGGCCCUCGAUCAGACAAGUUAUCAAUGCUCUCAGUUCCGAAGCGGAUGUGGUGCCGGGUUUUCCUCCAUUGAUGUCGGUUCCGACGUAGUUUACUCAUGGAAAGAGUGCUACGGAUUUUGCGAGCUACAAUCACUACAGCAGUUCUUUGAAUGUGACCACAUCCUCUGCAGCUUCUUCUUCCGCGCUUCUCGCCUAGUGAUUUAAUCAUUUAAUAUGUUAAAAAUGAAGGAUUUGCAAGAUGGGUUUUUUCUUUUUCAAUUUUUCGGAGAUUAAGAUUGUAUUGAAUGUAUUUAUUAUAUCACAAGCGUUCGA